AUGCCCAAAGAUUCAAAGCAUUUUUCAACAGACCAGUCCGGUCUGCAAUAUAUCAUCAAUCAUGUAUUUUCACCCCUCAAAUUGCCGCAAGGCAGUGAUCAUUCCCUCAAGAACGACCUAGCCUUAUCUCAAGCGGUAGUGGAAGCUGCUUUUGCCUUCAGCGACAAGCUGCCGGCCGACGAGCAGCUGCUUUGGAUGAGCAGCUUGAAGAUGCUCCAGAACCUCGACGAUUCAAUCCGAUUUAGCGCGAUGUCUGCGAAGGAAGUCGAAUCUCAGAUCAGUACAAUGGACAACCAAGAUGUCCUUGUAUAUAUGAUUCGCGCACAAAACGCUGCGGUGGUCAUGAGGAAACUCGAAUCUGAGAUGAUAUUUGAAUCAUUCGAGGUCUCUCCUGACGCCACCGCGGUGAUGGGCGCAAAGGGAAAGCUCAUCUGUUCGUAUCCUGGACCUGCUAUCACGGUCCCAAACACGAUUGUUGACGAUGCUGCUUUCCGCGCCGAGCUGGCGAAUUUUCUCGCUCACAUGGAUCAAGAUGUCCUCGAUGCAGCAGCGACGAGGACAAAAGCCGGGUCCACUGUUCUCGAAGAGAGGGACUCAACAGAUCCUCGACAUAUCACAAAACUCCUGACCAGUAUACUGCGUGGCCUGGGGAGCAUUGCUAAUGUUCCUCGCAUUCGCAAGCGCGUCGGAGAUGAUGUGCUGUGGGACAGCGCGAAAUUGCCAUGGAGGAGGUCUCCACUUUGGCUUGUCAUUCGCGUUGCCUUACAGACGACUGUGGAGUGGAGUGAUCUCGGACGAACAACGUAUAAAUCGUUCAUCCUGUUCUUCAUGGCGAGGCUGACGACCUUUGGCCUCAACCAUGACAUGUCGAAUGACAUCCUGCACUUCUUGUCAGCAAAGAUUGCACGCCGUCUUUUCAAGCUUGGAUCCUCUGCUCCUCCGGGGUUAUCACAGAUGGUCAAUAUGGUCACCAGUGACGUUAGGAGUCUUCUAGAAGAAAGAUGGAGAUCUGUUGGAGACGCGCAGCGGGUCUCACCUUGUUGGGCUCCCGAGACCCUCCGAGUCUUGCGAGAUACCCAUCUUUCGUUGAACACGAGCCGAGGGUACAUACGUCAAGCUUUACAGAAACAGAAUUCGUCUCCCAAAACCGCCUCAUUCAAUCCCAGUCACCAUAAGCGCGGAACAAUCGAUCAUUUCCUUGAUGCUGAUGCUAGCUUCCUCGUAGCUGCUCAUGCUGCAGAACCUUCUCUUGCCCUCGCAGAUUUCGAGACUGUGGUUAGAUCAGGGAUCGACGAAUGGGUAACGCGUGUUUCUCCCAGGAGCAUCAAUUCCGCAUGCGUCUCGAUCGAGGCGUGCGCCUCCGCGUACUCCUCGAGAGCGCUGAAGGCUUACAAGGGAAACCCGGAGAAUUUAUCGAGCAUGCUUAUCACGCUUCUCGAGCUCUGGGUAGCCAUGGAUAAGAUCGUUGUUCGACAGAUCCCACUCCUAGCGAUAUAUUCCCCCGAAAUCCCAUUGAGCCUUUGGGAGAGUCUACUGGCCCGCAAAUCCGCAGACCUUGAUCGCUUACAGCAGUUACAUGCCCACGUGAGCACUCGUCAUUACCGGUCAUCCACCGGCCUGUCGGUGUUCUCAUCUACCGCCGACGAUAAGUCAUUCGCAGUGCGGUAUUUUUACGAGUCUUCAAGGCUACAGCGUUUAAAGCUGACCAUCGAGGCGGAUGCCCGGAAAGAUCGGGAGAAGAAGCUGACUGAGCUUGAGACCCUCAAUAAGAGGUACGCUGGCCUAGAUGAGCGCACAACAAGCUUAUCGCAUGAAUACGCUGUCAACUCCCGCGGCCAGGAGUGCCAUGACGAACAGCACUGUACCAAGUGUUGCCUGGAAAGGGAGAUGCAAUCGAUGACUAUCGCAGUUCACGAGUGGCCGCUACCACCCCACGAACGAGAGGCAAUCACGGUUGUGUUUGAGCUGGCAUGCCCCAUCGUCUUCGACAUGUGGAGAUGUAUGACACUCCACGUCCUCAUUGAUGUCUGCACUCCGGGGAAAAUUUCGCCCGCUUCUCCCUUCAUGACACUUCCGAAAUAUGGUGCCUUGAAGUGUUACCGCAGGUGCCAUCCAAGGCAGAGGGUGACUUUGGCGUCAGAUGCCAAACCCUUCAGUAGCACCCACUACAACAGCCCUCGCAUUCCUACGGUGGACGCCAGUGUCUGUGUAAACAACGGACUCAAGUUUCACCCCUUUGAUACAGUCAAAAGUGCCUGGACCGCCAAGUUAGUACUGGUGCAGUCCAGUUCUAGCAAGCUGUGCACUUUCAUUCUUCCGAAGGGUCCAUAUCGUGGUUUGCAGGGAUAUCUUGCGGAAACAUCCCAUGGGUCGAACGAGGUCAUAGCCAACCAGGCUGAUUGCCACAAAGACAUGACCAUUCACGAAUUCAUCGCAUUCGGAACCUUGAGGAGUGGACCGCGAUUGCAAUGGAUGAACGUGCUACGCGAACUUCGUGCAAGGACACUCACUUUUCGACGCGAGGAAGUCCAUUUGUUGAUCGCCCAAGCUAUUUCACAGGUUGGCCCAUGUUCGUCCGACGACGGCCUUCUUUGGCACGAGGAGCUGAACAGCAUGCCUUUCCUUAGUACACUACUCGGAGAGCUGGAGUCUUUGAUGGCAAGCGUUGAAGAAAACUGGUUGGAAGGUGUCACGAUAAGCACUAUCAUCAUCCUUGUGUGCCGUGUCUUGUCCUCGACUCAGACAGAGAGUAUAAGAAGUCGAGGAUAUUCGCUGCUUCGAAGGAUCCGAACUGCGACUUUUACCUUGUUGACACAGCUAUCGACGAAAAUGCAAGUCAGCAACGAUGUGACGGUUAGUCAGGAGUUACAAGGACGCGUCCGUGACAUGGCAGUCACUUGUCGAAGCACGUUUGAUGUUGGCAGAGAUCCAUCGCUACUCUUGACGUCGAACGACAUCAAGGUAUAUGCGUAUUGUGGCAUCAUAAUCUAUGACAACACUCCAAGCCAACUGGGCAAUCUCCCACAACAUUCCAAGCUACUACUAGAGCGUGACAAGAGAUGCUGUUACACACUAGAACCCGCUGUUCGUCAAUACGCAGAGCUUCACAGGGAGGGUCUUGAUUGUGCGAUUGCGGAGAUCUGGGGCAGCUACAGACCAGGAACUCCUUGGAGAGCACUACCGGCUCCAAAUUCUCGUUGGCUUGUGACGCAGACUGCCACAUCGGGUGCUCAAUCGCCGCAAGCUGUACACUUCGAUCUGGUCAGUGGGUGCUUGCUCAUUGAUGGGAAACAGCUGGGUAGGCUCCCGUCAACGAUAGUGGAACACGCCACCUACCAAUCAAUAUUCGGCGAUCGAGUCUUUGAUAUUGUUCCGGCUGAUAUUCCUGGAAUGGAUUACGCGACACGGGGGAAUCUCUGUGAUCAUCAGGUGUCUUUCGCUCUACGCAACUCAAAUGAUCUCAUAAUCCGUGCAAAGCACAUUGAGCGAGGUUCGCCUAUCCUUCAACUCAUUCCGAGCCAAAAAUUUGUCGGUGAUCUACCAACGACCUUGAUAGUAGGCCAUACUCACUGGCUCAACCUGCGCACGAGCGAAAUCGAGAUUCGGCCAGCAGAAAACGCAUGGAAGUCUUGUUCUGAUAACUGGCUCCUGCAAUUUGCUGUUUCGGGCCCAUCGACACUUCAGAAGGCUGGCAGUACCACUCUUGUUGACAUACGCAGUCAAACGUGGGACAUGAUUUCCAAGAGGAUGUGUCCUCUAGAAGAUACCCGUUACAUCAUAGUCACAUAUAAUGAAGCAUCUGGCGGUACUUCCUCGCUAAAGGUCGAUUUGCCUCGAUAUGGUCUUGAAUUCUUCGUCGAUGGGGAUGGGGAACUGCAGUCCCGAAAUAUGCGCAACAUGGUCGUAGAUACCAUUCAGUCGACUGGAACUAUGUUGGGAUUGAUCAACCAGCUUGUCUUGCGUCCGAAGUUGCAAAUUGCAGAUGAGCAUCCGCGCACCGUCAUCAUCCCAGAUGGUAGUAUUUCAUACUCCCCCGACGGCCAUCACAUCCGAGUUAUCAUCGCUCCUGAAGGCACCCGAGUGACAUACCAUGUGUACAGAGUUGAUACAGAUCUACGCUGUCUCACUGGGAAUGUGGGUCUGACGAGCAAGCUCCAUCAGGCGCUCCUUCACGCUGUUACCAGCGGCUGUCUUCCUGAUCCGCUGACAGGUCGAACGGGGACAGAGGAGGCAUUGCAUCUGCUGCAUUCUGCGACUUGCCUCUCUUUCAUGAAGCUUCGCUCUCGUGAUACGGAUCUUUUGCGUGAGAUCAGUUUGCUGUCCACCAGGCGCGUCUGGUAUCCCAUUGAUCUCCAAAAGAUGCAGACAGUUUCGUGGUCGUGCCUUGCGCCACUUGCACAGCACCAUGAUUUUCAUCUAGUCGCAAAAUCUAUCAUGGACUACGGCAAGCGACUGUCAAGUUUCUCAGAAGCGUCUCCACACUCCCAUCCUAGCUUUGACCUUCCGCCAUCCACUGAUCACCUUCUUGAGCGCGCAUCUAUCCGCGCCUCAGCAGUCUAUCCCGACCAGUUCUCUCCGUCACCUCCGUUUGGUAACACAGAUGUUAUCUACGUCCCACGCAACGUCCCUGAUAAACAUGCAGAAGAGAGGGCAUUCAACACAGCCUUCAUGACACACCGGUGGCCAAGCAGACUCCCAGUGCAACGAAAUUUACUCACCCUUUUGACUCAGUGGAAUAAUGUCCAGGGCGUCGGCGAACCCCUUAGUUUGCAAUACUCCAAAGACUGGCUUCACCCAAUUUUUCCUGACAUUUUCAUUUCUGCAUACAACCUCUGUCGUAGUGCUACGAAGGAACAGGCAUUUCGGCUGGUGUUCACCCUGGCUUCAGUAUCAUAUGGCUCUCCGGACAUCCACGCACUCGUCCCGACCCUCCUAGCCUUUGCCACAGUUCCCGAAAUUUGCAGCUUAGAUGGCCCACCGAACUUUACCUCCUACGAUCUCUCUGAAGGCUACAUGCCUUCUGAUGCGAUAUUGGGUAAUCUCAUCAAUUCGUGUAUGAUCGAUUAUGAAAGUAGUCGGGAGAGAUCCCUAGCUGCACAGCCUCGAGAAGGUCCAAAAGCCUUAGGAAAGCGUCGUUAUUCAGCUUUCGAAGAAACCUGUCGCUCUGAGAAGCAAGUCAUCCUCAGCAAAGUUUGCGCCGCUCGGCCGUGCAAAGAUCCACCGACGCUCGAUACGCUGCGAGCAAGCUGCUUCAAUCUCAACGAACUGUCGAAGAAACUUCGCCCUGUAUUCCAUAGCUGUUGGGCAAACCGUUGUUUGAAGGAACACUUGGAUGUCCUGCAAGGGACUCUCAACCGGUCUUACGCUCCCAAUCCUCCAUCAAAGCUACCGCUGCGAUAUGACCCUGAUUCCAACGUUGAUGAUAUUGCAUCACCAACCUCGUCUGUUGAUGCCCAAUACCUUUUUGAUAGGAAUCCGCCUGUUAUACGCACGUUCAGGUCUUCCCAAGUUCCGCCCAGUACCGAUCGGAGAGAUUUAGUGUUUCCAAACCACAGAGCCUCAUCGAGGUUGCAAAAGCUGAUCAGCGACUUUCGCGACCAAGGGAGCAAUAAGUUCUACCACAACUACGCUGAUGAUCUGGAGCGGAGCAGGUCGUUUUUCUGUGAGGAGAAGCUUGUUGCUCCGCCGGAUCCUACGGCGUACACUACGGAUGUACUGCUUGAGCACCAUUCUCUGCACACCCGACAAUUCCAAGACUUGCUUGCAACUAUCGUGGACGCCCUCUCCCCUGCUUCUGCUGCCGAGCACGCAUUGUAUAAUGCUGGGUUGUGGCCCCGAAUUACACCGAACUUCCUCUUCACCCGCAUGGCAUCUGUAUCAAGAAAUUGUUUGGGCAAGGCAUGGCGUACAGUUCUCGUCCGCCUGUCGCGGGUACUCCUCCAAUUGCAGCGCUCGCGAAGGCUGUUUGUCUUUGCCGCUAAGAAGAACUGGGUUGAGUUCUCCAAGGAGUUGGAGAAUGAAGAGUGCGAGGGAUUUGAUCCUGAGCUAUACCCUGAUUGGCUUUUGAUACAGAUUGAAAGUCAGUUCUUGGCACGGCCUGUCCAGGUGAAGGUUGCGCUGGAGAUGAUGUCGCCAAGCACAGGAGGAAAUACUUCUCUCCAGCUGAACAUGGGCGAAGGGAAAUCCUACGUCAUUGUUCCUCUCGCAGCCGCCGCACUUUCUGAUGCUCACAAAGUGGUUCGGGUAAUCGUGCUGAAGUCGUUGUCUGCUCAGAUGUUCCAGCUCCUGGUUGAACGUCUAAGCGGCCUUGCACAGAGGCGCAUUUUCUAUAUCCCAUUCUCUCGUGCUCUCUCCAUCGACUCAUCUAAGGUGCAAAUGUAUCGUGACCUGAUGCAGGAAUGCAUGGACACCAGAGGCAUUUUGGUCGUGCAACCGGACCAUAUUCUGUCAUUCCAGUUGAUGACCGUUGAUCGCCAGCUGUCUUCUCGGACUGAAGCUCCUAGAGAGAUGCUGCAGGCUCAGCUGUGGCUCGACAGUCAUACACGGGACAUCCUGGACGAAAGCGAUGAAAUUCUGCAUGUCCGCUACCAGCUGGUGUACACUGUCGGUCUCCAAAGGUCACUCCAAGGUCAUCCCGAAAGGUGGACGACUACACAACAAGUGCUGAGUCUUGUCGCGAAGCAUGCCGCUCAGUUCAUCAGCGAAUUUCCCUCUCACUCAGAAGUGUCUACUCGCGAACACGGAGCGUUCCCCUUCAUUCGUGUUCUGCAUCCGACAGCAGGUGACGAAUUGGUCCAAUGGAUUGCACAAGAUGUUAUUAGUGGCGCGCUCGAAAACCUCAGCUUCGAUCAAGCAUCUUUCCAUGUCAAACAAGCUGUCUGCCAGUUCAUCGCAACUGAGGAGUUAUCUAAUGAAUGUAUUAGCUUAGUGGAGGACCGCUAUCGAGGCACCACCGUCUGGCCCGGCCUUCUAGUUUUGCGUGGAUUGCUGGCAUGUGGUAUCUUGGUGUAUGCCCUCAAAGAACGGCGCUGGCGCGUGGACUAUGGCCUUGCGCCAAAGCGGACGAUGUUAGCCGUUCCGUUCCGUGCCAAAGACAUGCCCUCGCUGCGGGCAGAGUUUGGCCAUCCAGAUGUUGCUGUCACCCUCACGUGCAUAUCGUACUAUUAUGCUGGUCUCACCCACGAGCAGCUGAUGUCCGUCCCAGAAAGUCUGCGGCACCUUAACGGAAUCAAUACGGAAUCCGCAGAGCAGUUCCGUGACCUUCAGCAACUGUUCACAUUCAACAAGGCAGUCAUAGAUUUCUACCUGGCUCGCGUAGUUUUUCCCAAGGAAGCCAGGGGGUUCCCCAAGAAGCUCACCUGCUCUGGAUGGGAUCUCGCUCAAGAGAAGCGACAUCUAACAACCGGCUUCUCUGGUACAAACGACAAUCGCUAUCUGCUACCGAGCUCGAUGGUGCAGCACGACCUUGAUUACCAACGCAGCACGAAUGCCCGAGUCCUAGCGUUUCUUCUGCGCCCGGAAAAUGAUUGCUACAGAUGCAUACCGCCCGGCCACAAUGUGCACGACUUCAUCAAUGCCCUAAUCGCACAAACCCCCGAGGUCCGUGUCCUGCUGGACGUGGGUGCGCAGAUGCUGGAAUUGAAGAAUCAGGAGUUGGCCGAAGCAUGGCUUCGAGCCAAGCGCGACGCCCAAGCUGCGGUCUUCGUGAAUGACGACGACGAACUCGUUGUUGUCAGUCGGGACGGGACAGUCGAACCCCUUGUGUCGUCCCCAUUUGCACAGCAGCUUGAUCAAUGCGUGAUAUAUCUAGACGACACCCAUACCAGAGGAACAGAUGUCAAGCUGCCUUCCGGUUUCCGAGCAGCUGUCACGCUCGGCCCCAAAGUCACGAAGGACCGCCUGACGCAAGGAUGCAUGCGAAUGCGGAAGCUGGGCAAUGGGCACUCAGUGAUGUUCUUCGCUCCGACUGAAGUCGACCGGAACAUUCGUUCGGCAACUCAGAAAGCUGAUAGCGACGAUGUCGACGUGGCAGAUAUCCUUCACUGGGCGAUGGUGGAAACCUGUCUUGAUAUUCAGAUGCGUGCAUCCCACUGGGUUCAACAAGGCUCGGAUUUCAAUGCACGGCAUUCCGCAUGGGCUCAAUUCCUACGUACCUCUACUUCCACGUCCACCCUGAAGACUGCCUGGCUGCAGCCAGAGGAACGUUCGCUAGAAGCUAUGUAUGCACCCCACAGUUCCCCACAACCAUUCAAGUUCUUCGAUCCAGACAUUCAAAGGAAGUGCGAGGAACUCGGAGUCGUAUCGGCAUCGGCACGAAGCAUGGAUGAGGAACAAGAAAGGGGGGUGGUUCACGAGGUAGAAAGAGAGAGAGAACCUCAAGUGGAAAGACCACACAAGGCAAAACCUGCAGCUCAAAAACUGCAUGUGGACGUCCGUCAAUUUGUCGAGACCGGCCGAAUUCCCGCAGGGUCAUCUGCGUUCAUUCCAGCGCACAAUGUUUUAGUCACCCGUGACUUCGCUCGUACGGUGGGGCCUCUCUCUUCCAUCCAGAAAGCGGAUGAUUAUCUGCGGCCCGUCAAUUGGAUUGUAGUUGGAUGCUUUUCAGUGCUGGUUGUCAUGAGCCCCAACGAAGUGAACACACUGCUGCCUGAUAUCCGCAGAAGCAAUGUAGUUCACCUGUGCAUCUACACUCCUCGGACCGCACAAACGAUGCGGCCAUGCGAUGACCUGCGACUCUACUGUGUUCCUUCAAUGCCGCAGUUGACACCGCCAGAACCGCUGAUUUGCCAGCUCAACCUUUUUGCGGGCCAACUCUAUUUCUCCAAUUACGAUAUGUACAUCCGCACCUGCAGUUUCUUAGGGCUCAAUGCACCGGAUUUAUGGGACGAGGACGUGAUAGCCGACAGCGACGGGUUCAUCAGGCAGGAGAAUCGCCCUGCUACGAGAGCACGGUGCUCAUUCAAGGGAUCCCAGCUUCUUCCACUGAAGGAGUUGUUUGGGAUGAGAAGGAAAGGCAUGGGAUAUCUACCGACUCACCUCGGAAAGAUGUUCAAUGGCCGCAUUCUGACUGAUGAGGAUUUUCUCGACUGA